GAUAUAAAACGAUUAAAACAACGUUUAAAAACACUUCUAUUCAAAGCAAAUUAUAAAGAAACAGUAGAAGAAACAGAUAAAGCAUUUGUCGAAGUUCGUAAUGCAUGUGAUCAUGUUCGACAUUCAAUACAUUUUAAAAAAAUGCUUGAAUUAAUUUUAACAAUAGGAAAUUAUAUGAAUUCAAGUGGUAAAUCUUAUGAACCCGUACAUGGAUUUGAUAUUAGUUUUUUACCUAAAUUACAUUCAACAAAAGCAAAUGAUGGUCGUCGUUCAUUACUUCAUUUUAUUGUACAAGCUAUUGAAGAUAAACAUCGUGAUUUACUUGCAUUUUCUGAUGAAUUUUAUUUACUUGCUGAUGGUGUAUCAAAAAUUAAUAUACUUGAACUUCAAAAACAACCACAAGAAAUUAAUCGAGAAUUAAAAAAUGCUCGAGAAGAAUUACUUAUUGCAAAAGAAAAUGAAGAACCAAUUGAAGGAGAUCGAUUUACUGAAGCUAUUGAAGAUUUUAUAACACGUGCUGAUAAUGAUGUUGCUCGAUUAGAACAGCUCGAUCGAGAAAUGACAAAUGCUUAUCAAAAUUUAUGUGAUUUCUUAGCUAUUGAUCUAAAAAAUUAUUCACUUACAGAAUUUUUUACUGAUCUUAAAUUAUUUUGUACUUUUUUUUCGACUUGUCUUCAAGAAAUUCGAGUAUGGCGUGAACAAGCCGCACGUGCAGCUAAAACAUCUCAAAACCUGAUGUCAAGUUCACAAUAUUUUGUUCGUAUACCAUCACGUCGUUUUCCUACACGAUCGGAUUCCACUGAUGAUUUUCUAUUGGCGGCUGCCGAAAGUGGUUUGUCGCCAUCACGUGGUACAUCACCAUCUAAUACAUAUCGUCGACAGGUAG